GUCCGCGUUACGAAACUCCGGGAAUCUCUGCCCUUCCACCACAUCCUCCAUCCCGCCGAGCGCCUCUCUCCGCCCCCCAGGACAUACCCGCGCCCUCACGAGUACCUGGAUGUGUCGGCGCUGCCCCAGAGCUGGGACUGGAGGAACGUGAACGGCAUCAACUACGCCAGCACCACUCGGAACCAGCACAUCCCUCAGUACUGCGGGUCCUGCUGGGCACACGGCAGCACCAGCGCCUUGGCAGACCGAAUCAACAUAAAGAGGAAAGGUGCAUGGCCUUCUGCCUACCUGUCUGUUCAGAAUGUCAUUGACUGUGCUGAUGCAGGAUCCUGUGAAGGUGGAGACCAUUCAGGUGUCUGGAGGUAUGCCCAUGAGCAUGGCAUUCCAGACGAGACCUGCAACAACUACCAAGCUAAGGACCAAAAGUGUAAGAAGUUUAACCAGUGUGGAACUUGUGUCACUUUUGGAGAAUGCCACGUGAUAAAGAACUACACUCUCUGGAAAGUUGCUGACUAUGGCUCUGUCAGUGGCAGGCAAAAAAUGAUGGCAGAAAUCUAUGCUAAUGGACCAAUUAGCUGUGGCAUAAUGGCCACUGAAAAGCUGGAUGCCUACACUGGGGGACUGUACUCUGAGUACAACCCCUCACCUGAGGUGAACCACAUCGUGUCCGUGGCUGGUUGGGGCGUGGAAAAUGGAAUCGAGUACUGGAUUGUUCGGAACUCCUGGGGUGAGCCCUGGGGUGAGAGAGGGUGGCUGAGAAUUGUGACAAGUGCCUACAAGGGUGGACAAGGAGGAGACUACAAUCUUGCUAUUGAACAGGACUGUGCAUAUGGAGAUCCUAUUCUUCCUUGACUCUGCAUCUUCCUGCUCAGGAACCACUUUGGAAGCUUCCCAGCACAACCUUCUUCUGUUUGAAAACAGUAGUCUAAGACU